AUGUUCCCCUCGAAGGCGCCCCUCGAGACACCCCUCGCUCUCUCCUCCCCCUUCAAAUGCCCCCCGCCCAAGCUCGCCGUCGUCAGAGACCCCUCCAUCAGGGUCAGGCAGGCCGUCCGUGACAACAACGUCUCCCUCCUCGCCCGGCUGCAGUACAAGACAGACUUGCGGAAUACAGACAAGAACCGUCUCACCAGCUUGAGCUGGGCUGCCAUUGAGGGCAGCUUGGAAGUGUUUGAAUGGUUGCUCUUGGACUAUGGCCAUGACGACCAAGAACUCUCGAGAGAUGCCGACAACAAUACCAUCCUCCACCUCCUCGCCUCCGUCCCCUCGCUCUCGCUCUCCCCCCACACCCACCUCCUCCUCGCCUCCUCCCUCCCACCCCGUACCUCCCCCUUAUCCCUCGCCGAACAAUCCACCAUCUCCCUCCAGAUGACCCAGUCUUACCUGACCCUCUUCCCGUUCCUCUUGAAUUGGUCGAAUACGGGCGGCAAGACGGCCUUGCACGUCGCCGCCCAGUCGGGGAAUUCGCCCUUUAUCGAGUUCCUAUGCGACUUUGCAGGGGCCGAUGUAGAUAUGGUCGACCUCCAAGGUAACGCCCCUUUGCACUACGCAGCAGCCUGGGGCCAUCUGGAGAGUGUGCGGGUGCUGUUGGAGAAGGGAUGUCAGUUUGGAGCGCAGAAUUUUGAAGGGUUUACGGCGAAUGAUUUUGCGUAUUCCGAAAGGGUGAAGAAGGGGCUGCAGGAUAUGGCGAGGGAGAUUUUUGAUGAGCGGAGGAUGAGACGGAAGGAGGAGAGGGAGAGGAUGGAGAGGGAGAGGGAGAGGGAAGGUGCGAGGGCGAGGAGUGGGAGUCAGUCAACGAGCGCGUCGUUGGGCGGCAGUUCUGUCGGCGUGGGAUCAUACCCGAGUAACCCAGGGAGGUACUUUGAAGGGUACACCCCUGCCCCAGCGGCUUCCGUGCCAAUGUCGCGCAGAGGCUCAGACCAAGCCAGUGUCACUUCCUCAAUAGCAUAUACUCGGCCUUCCCAGACAUCCUCGCGCUACCCCUCCAUCCCCCGGCUCAACACUUCCCCAUCAGCUAUCGCGCCGUCCCUCCCAACGACAUCUUCACCGCUGGCGACUCAACCGCCCGUGCCGUCGCUUGCUGCACCCCCGGCGUCUGUGACGCAUCAGGCGAGCUCGACGCCGUUCCCUGCGAGGUAUCCGACGAUGCCGGGGCCGGCUUCGGUGGGGAUGGUGAGGCCGUCUGCUAGUAUUGGGCCGGGGCUUGCAACAGUGCCGGGGGGUAGUCAGGGAGCGGGUAGUAUCAAGAGGGCGAAUUCAGCGCAGGGGAUAGGGCGGGAAGUGUAA